UAGAAAUUUUAUUUUACUUUUUUACAACCUACCAAACCAAAAUUAUAUCUUCUCCCUUUCAAAAAAUAAAAUAAAAUUAUAUCUUUUCUCACUCUCAUUCUCACUCUCACGGUACACCGGCACCGGCACCGGCACCGUCGACUCCAUUACGCAUGGGAGAGCAAUCUGGUCACGGCAGCUCAGAGACACGCACGGCAGAGUUGUCUUCUCCAUCUCCUGUUCCCAACAAAUAAUUGAGCAUUUGAGCAACAUCUUCUUUGUCUCUAAUUGAUUGGUUCAACUUUUGAUAAUCAGUCCCAACUAAAAUGGUGGGAUUCCUAAUCGAAUCUCUUUAGAAAGAAAACAGUCCCUCGUCAUCUUCUCUGCUCACUCACACCAUUGUCGACACUCAUCUCUUGCCACCGUCGUCAUUGUUGUCUUUUGUCCUGGUUACUUGCUAUAAUUCGACCAAACUGAUUGAUUUAGUGUUGUACCACGUGAGUAGCAUUCCCUCCCUCAUUUGUUGAAACCCGAAUUCCAUGACAGUGUACUGAAAAAUGUCAGCCCCUCUAACUCAAGCUCAACUACUCACCCCAACUCUACCGCCAAAACACCCAACUCACCACCCAUUUACACUCUUCUUCUCCUCACCGCUGAUUCUCACUACCCGCCAGAGUUGGACCUCACACAAAUUCAUUAUCCGAAACUCCAGCUCCAAAUCCGAAACCCAAACCAUACUACCUAAGUCCGCCAUCCAAAGAAUUGCCGAGAAGCUUAGAGGUCUUGGCUUCACAGAAGAAGUUCCGAGUCUUGAACUCGAACAUGUCGCGAAGUCUUCUGCUGGUGAAAUUUUCUUACCGUUGCCAAAACGGUUGGCCAAUCAUCGUGUUGGUCACACAAUCGACACUAGUUGGAGCACGCCGCACAAUCCGGUUCCAGAACCGGGAACCGGUACAGGCAUUAAGAGGUUUCAUGAACUGAGGGACCAAGUGAGGCAGGAGAAGAAGAACAAUGAGUCAACGAAGAAGAUGAGGGAGCCCACGGUUCCGACGUUGGCAGAGCUAACCUUGACGAGGGCAGAGCUUAGGAGGUUAACGAGAUUAGGGAUUGAGUUGAAAAAGAAGCUGAAGGUAGGGAAGGCUGGGAUUACAGAAGGCAUUGUGAAUGGGAUUCAUGAGCGGUGGAGACGAUCGGAGGUCGUGAAAAUCUUUUGUGAGGAUAUUUGCAGGAUGAAUAUGAAGAGAACCCAUGAAUUAUUGGAGAAAAAAACUGGAGGUUUGGUCGUUUGGAGGUCUGGAAGUAAGAUAGUUUUAUACAGAGGGACAAAUUAUAAGUAUCCCUAUUUUCUUAGCAAUAAAAUUUCGAGUGAGGAGGCCUCUCAUGGUGCAUUAACCAAUUCACUUAGUGAAGAUGAUGAAUCAAAUGAGCCUAGUUCUAGCGUGGAUGGAGUAAUUUCUAUUGAAGAGGCCUCUCAUGGUGCAUUAAGCGAUUCACUAAGUGACGAUGACGAACAAAAUGAGACUUGGGCUUCUUCUAGUGUGGAUGGAGUAGAUGCUCAGCUUCCCACAAAUAAAAAUAAAAUGGCUAAACCUGCUUUAGUACAAGGUGUUGGAUUACAGAAUAGAGUGCGAUUUCAGCUGCCUGGAGAGGCACAAAUGGCUGAAGAAGCUGACCGCAUGUUAGAUGGAUUGGGUCCCCGUUUUUCCGAUUGGUGGGGAUAUGACCCCCAGCCGGUGGAUGCUGAUCUUCUUCCUGCUGUUGUUCCUGGAUACAGGAAACCUUUUCGCCUUCUUCCGUAUGGUGUGCAGCCUAAACUCACAGAUGAUGAAAUGACCACGUUGAGGAGACUUGCUCGGCCAUUGCCGUGCCAUUUUGCAUUGGGGAGAAAUAGGAAACAUCAGGGAUUGGCAGCUUCUAUCAUCAAGCUUUGGGAAAAAUGUGAAGUUGCCAAGAUUGCUGUUAAAAGAGGGGUACAGAACACUAACAGUGAACUCAUGGCAGAAGAGUUAAAGAGUUUGACUGGAGGAACUCUAAUUGCACGGGAUAGAGAAUUUAUAGUCUUGUAUAGAGGGAAGGAUUUUCUACCACCUGCAGUUUCUUCUGCAAUAGAAGAACGGAGGAAAUAUGUAAUGCAGGGAAAGAAACUGAGGGCAGAGCACAGCACAGCAGUUACAUCUGCACAAGAUGAACUUGAGACCACACCAAGUGGUCCAAAUGAACAUAGUGUGAUUCGUGAACAGCGAAAGCUAACAUUUACUGAGGACUCUGUCAGAAAAACUAGUCUUAAAUUGUCUGUGGCCUUGGAAAAGAAAGCGAAAGCAGAGCAACUUCUAGCUGAGCUGGAGAAGGCAGAGUUGUGCCAAACUCCUGAAGCAGAUAAAGAGGGUAUAACUGAAGAAGAAAGAUAUAUGCUGAGGAAGAUUGGUUUGAGAAUGAAUGCCUUCCUACUAAUGGGUAGGCGGGGUGUUUUUGAUGGAACAAUUGAAAACAUGCAUCUUCAUUGGAAAUAUAGGGAACUAGUGAAGGUUAUAAGUAAUGAGAGAAGCUUGGAAGCUGUUCACCAAGUAGCGCGGACCUUAGAGGCUGAAAGCGGUGGGAUAUUAGUAGCAGUGGAAAGGGUGAGUAAAGGCUAUGCAAUAAUUGUGUAUCGGGGAAAAAAUUAUGAGCGGCCUGCCACUUUGAGGCCUAAGACACUUAUGAAUAAGAAAACGGCAAUGAAACGCUCUAUUGAGGCACAACGUCGUGAGUCGCUGAAACUCCAUGUUUUGAGAAUCAAUAAACAUAUAGAUGACUUAAAGCUUAGAAUGGUUAAAGAGAAGGAAGUCAAUGACAUGGACUCGAUUGUUGAAUCAGAUUCAAGUAAUGUGGUCCUGGAUAGGGUGAAUGAGAUAGACUCAGCUGACAGUUUGAUGGUUGAUGCUGAAGGGAAGCAUGGUUUUGUCUCUCUUCCCACAACUUCUGGGGAAGGUAUUGUUGCGGAAAAUGAAGUCAUUAAAAAGAAGUCAGUCGGUGAUUCAGAUUCAAGUAGCUCGGUUCGAGAUAAGGUGAAUGAGACCGAAUCAGCUGAAAGUUUGAGGUUUGAUGUUGAAGUCAAACAUGAUUCUAUCUCUUUUCCAACAACAAAAGUGGAAGAGAUUGUUGGGUCCAAGGGAAUGAGCCACACUCCUGAUGCUGAUGCCUUGCAACAUUGUAGUUCUGAUACCAAAGCAAUAGAUUCAUUUACAGACAAAAAUGAACUGGAACCAUCAGUUCCAAAUAAGGUAGAAAAUGGAUUGAAUGAGAUGCCCUCUACAGCUAUACAACUUUCCAACAGAGAGAGGCUUCUUCUCCGGAAGCAAGCCCUUAAGAUGAAAAAACGCCCUGUGAUUGCUGUAGGGAAGAGCAACAUUAUAACAGGCGUUGUUAAAACAAUCAAGACUCACUUUCAAAAGCACCCACUUGCUAUUGUGAAUGUGAAAGGCAGAGCAAAAGGAACUUCAGUACAGGAAGUCAUUUUCAUGCUUGAGCAAGCAACAGGCGCAGUUCUAGUCUCUCAAGAGCCUAGCAAAAUCAUACUUUACCGAGGUUGGGGCGCAGGGGGCAGUUACGAUCAAUCUGGUAAGAAGAACUGGAAUGAUGCAAAUGCAAGGAGAAAACUUGGAACUCAGCUUGGUGUGUCUCCUGAACUCUUGGCAGCAAUCAAAACAGAGUGUGGAUUUGAGUCUCAAAACAGGGAAGACGACUCAACUCUAUAGCAUUCAUUUUAACACAAGUAAAAAUUGGUUUGUUGCUGCUUAUAACUUCGGUAUGCCCAUUUUCGCCGUUGAAACACAAUUGCCUGGACUACAUACUGUUCUCUAUCUCUUUCAGGUACUAUCCUUGAGGUUACAAAAUACAAAAUACAAAAUACAAUGUUCAUACUUGUAUCAGUAAAUAUAAUUAUUUAGACUAAGAUUAAUACUUAAUUGUAUGUUACCAAUGAGGAUGAGAUGAGAAUGGCCAUAUACUAAUGCAUUGGUUAUUCA